GUCAAUUGAAGCGUCGACUCAAAUCUAAUAUUAGCGAGAAUGGGAUUCUCAGUCGCUGAUACUGCGUUGUGUAAGUGGCUCGCCAAGAAGUCCCAGAAGAAUAAGAUCAAAGGUUUUCAAAAAGCAAUAGACAAGCUAAACGAGGCGCUUGAUUGCAUUGCACAAGACGAGAAAGAAUGUUUGGAACUGGCUGACAAAACGCUUCAGUGGGCAAGCCAAUUCCCGGAAGAAUUCCAAGGGCCAAUUUUGGAAAGAAAGAAGCUAUAUGAACUACAUGCUAAGGAGUCUGUGGUCAUGCGGCCGACUGUUAUUGCAGAAUUGGUCUCGUUGGAAAAACUAAAAAAAAUAGAGGUUGAUGCGUUGCACAAUGGAGAUUUCAUUACGCAUUGGUCUUUCUUGUUUUACUAGUUUUUUGUUCUUGUAUCUUUAUCUAUCUACCUAUUCUGCUGAUGAUCCUUUAGACAAUGAAUGAUGAAUUUAAAACUACUUAUGUUCCCCUCAAUAAGUUAAUUUUAAAGUUUGUUUUG